UCCUGCUUCAGCUUUGAACCGGCUGCAGAUUGUGCAGAAUGCUGCUGCUAGAUUUCUGACAAACAUGAACAGAAGCAGUCACAUCACCCUGGUUUUGGCAUUACUACACUGGCUGCCCGUGACCAUCAGGGUGCGAUUCAAGAUUUAACUCUUUGUCUAUAAGGCAUUGAAUGGCCUUGCACCCUCCUACUUAUCAGAGCUGCUCGUGCCUUCAUCAGACACACAUACUGGAAGUGCCUUUUUACUUUGAAGGUCUCGAACGAGUGCACUGUAAUGCAGCAGGUCGUUGCUCAUGUAAAAUUCGAAGGAGGGUUGGCUUGGCUGUCAUUUCUGAACUGGAGGUUCACCCACAACACCAUGGCUUAGCUGGGGAAAUAUAGGUCAGGCCAGCAGGUGGAAACCAAUAAACUGUCUCCAGUAAGCCACAUUGGUUAACCAUAGCCUAGAAUUAUUAUCACUUUAAGAAAUUCCUUUUUGCCACAUGGGAAAACUGUUUACGGCAUUUUUACAAAUACAGCGUGUAUCUACUUCUUAAGGUAAAAUAUCUACCACUUUUGCAGCCUCCCAAACAAGCUUGUUGGUUUAGUUUUAUUUUAUUUAGUGAUGUAUGCAUACUAUUAAGGAAGGGACUCUUGUAUCACAACAAUGCAAAUUAUAACUCAGCCAUUCUAAGGACAAUAAACCAGUUGCAUAGGAAGUGGCUAACAGGAACAUGUUCCUUUGAAAUUAUGUUCAAACUCAAAAUGGCAGGAAAUCCUGCAUUAUAACCAGAACUGUGAAAAUGCUCUACCACAAAACCAACACGCAAGAAAAAGACCUGCAAAGAAAAGUAGAAAAUAUGAGCGGCACGACAUCUGGUGGCACAAGUAAUGAUCGGAAACACUACAAAGACGUGAAGAUUACUAAUUUCCUGAAUCAACACCUCCAACCAGCUUGUGCCGAUCUGAAGACAGAGAAUGCAAACUGAAUGUGUUUUGCUGUAUUUUAUCUUUCCAGUGAUCACAAAUGGAUGCUGCAUGAAAAGUCCCCAAAAGGAAAUGACAGGUCCUCUGCAGAAUCAAAACUUCAGAGUUGUGGAGGGAGAAAUCUUCAUGAUGCCAUGCAAUAAAUCAAAUAAGUCUGUGAUGUGGUCCAGGAACAAAGAUGACAAGAAGGAAAAGAAACACCUGUCCUUUAACUGUACAGAAAUGUUUAUUACUGAAGUGGAACACUCUGGGAUCUACAAAAGCCAGACUGGGUCCAUCUUAACUCUGCAAGUGAUGGAAAAAACCAGUCUAGGAUGUUAUCGACCUAGCGAGAGCAGCAGAAUAUUGCUUGCUUUUGCUGGUGGGAUGAUCAAAUGCCCCGGCCACACCUGUAGUAAUAACACAGAUAUUGUUUGGUACAAGAGAAACAAAGCUGUGUCCAAAGAGAGAAGAGAGUCGUGUGAAGAGAUGGAGCACUUACAACUCUGCACAGUAGACGUAAAAGAUGACACUGUGUUUUUCUGUGACAGAAAAAUAAUUGAACAGGGAGUCAUGUGGAGUUUCAGGAGAGCUGUUAAUGUCACAGUCAUACCACAUCUUAAAGCUAGAACUCCUCCAAAGAUCACAUACCCUCUUGCAGAUGUGAUAGAGGAAGUCAUGCUGGGUCGGCCUCACAACCUCACAUGUAAGGCAGAUUUUGAUUUUGAAGUGAACAUUUCACGAAAGGUGCAGUGGUUCAUGAGUCAGGGAGAUAACAUGGAGAAUAUGACUUUGCUCCACACAGAGAGACCUCAGGAGAGUAGAGAUACUUUUAGAUCAUUUAAAGUCAUACAGAUAGCCAACAUAAAAGAAGUGACAACACACCACCUGAACCACAUGUACACCUGCGUCGCCAGCAACACUGUGGGGAACAGCAGCGUCACGACCAGGCUUAAACAAAAAAAACAAGUGAAAUGGCCAUCACUACUAGGGUAUCCCAUUGCAUGUUUCCUGCUGGUAGCCGGACUAGGAAUCACCUUGCGUGUGAAAUGGUUGGAAGUACAGCUAAUCUGCAGAUCCCACUUCCUGUUUGGAACAUACAGAAAAGCAGAGGACACAGACUUUGACGUGUUUUUAUCACAUGUGUGGAAACCCUCAUCUUCAGAGGUUGAAAGAGAUCUAUUCUUCUCCACCAUAUCAGGACCUUACCAUGAUGCAGAAGAAUGUCUAUCUAGUGUGGAGAUGUUGGGCGCUGCAGAAGCAAACGCCACUCAGAGACCAAUAGAGGUGAUGCUCACUGAGGUAAUAGAGGACCAGUGGAGGUAUCGUCUGUGUCUGCUGGAGAGGGACCUACUUCCAGGAGGGGCUUAUACGGAUGACGUGGUUAUGAUGAUAAAAAGGAGCCGGACGCUCAUCUGUGUCCUGUCAGCUGACUAUCUCACUGACAGUAACGCGGUGUUUGUGCUCGACGCAGGAAUUAAAGUAAGGAAGAUUAACAUAGAGGACGGUCGGUUUCUAUGCAGAGAAAAUAAGACUAAAGAUUUAGAAUGAGGUUUUUAAUGCCGUGCGAGGUUCACGAGGUCAAAGUAUUUAAUACAUCUUUAGAUAAAUUUAUGUUGGAGAAUAAAAGUUUAUCUGGGAUUACAUUCCUAGCCUGGUCAGCCAGCCCCAUGCUUCCUUAUGGGAAGUUAUCUGUGUAGAAUUAAACAGAGGACGAGUCGGUAAACCUUAAUAUUUAUUACAAAUUAAAAAAUCUGUUCAAGGAGCAGAUGAAUUGUCCAAUUACAGAAAAUAAAUCUUUUCUGGUCCAUGUUGGAACUCAACAGGAUUUUCUAAUUCUAUAGAAGUGUGAUUUUAGACUGAACCAUACAUUUCAAUGGUUUCUCAACUUUCGAGUAAAGAAUAAAAUAAAAAUAAAGAAAAUUUUUAAACGAUCUCUUAUAGGUUUCUAUAUUUUUCUAUUAAUCAUUAUAUUUUGAAAUGUCUAUCAUCUUAUUUAGACCUGAAAAUGCCACUCAUAAUUCAGGCCAUGCCUCGUUUUUACUUUGGACUCUUCUGUUUUCCACCCAAUUAGCAGAUCUGAACCGUUUUAUGCGUUAUGUAGAAAUGUCUCUGGACUGGAGUUCCAAGCAAAUCACACCCUGCAAGAAUAACAAACGUUUGGUUUCAUUGAGUUGCUUUAUUGACCCAAACUGAAACCAGAGCAUAUGUGGAAACAGGAACGAUGCCACAUGAAAUAUUACC